CCUCGCCGAAAUCCCGGCGGUUGUCUGUGACGUAACUUCCGGCGUGAGCGGCGAAAGCCGGGAGGGCGAGCGAGAGAGGGAGCAGGCAGAAGGCACAGGCAGCGGGCGGGCGGGCGGGCGGACGGCACGAAGGGAGGGAGCGAGAGAGCAGUGAGUGAGCCAGCGAGGGCGGCCGCGUCCCGAAAGCAGCCGACAUUCCCGCCUCCCUCUGACCCCCUCCCCGGAGCCCACAGCGCCUCCGGUCUCCAGCGGAGCGGACACGGCCCGGCCCGGCCAUGGCCUCGUUGCUGAAGGUGGAUCAGGAAGUGAAGCUCAAGGUUGAUUCUUUCAGGGAACGGAUCACAAGUGAGGCAGAAGACUUGGUGGCAAAUUUUUUCCCAAAGAAAUUGUUAGAACUUGAUAGUUUUUUGAAGGAACCAAUCCUAAACAUCCAUGACCUAACUCAGAUCCACUCAGACAUGAAUCUCCCAGUCCCUGACCCCAUUCUUCUCACCAAUAGCCAUGAUGGACUGGACGGUCCCACUUACAAGAAGCGAAGAUUGGAUGAAUGUGAAGAGGCCUUCCAGGGAACCAAGGUGUUCGUGAUGCCCAAUGGGAUGCUAAAAAGCAACCAGCAGCUGGUGGACAUUAUUGAAAAAGUGAAGCCUGAGAUCCGGCUGCUGAUCGAGAAAUGCAACACGGUCAAAAUGUGGGUACAACUCCUGAUUCCUAGGAUAGAAGAUGGGAACAACUUUGGGGUGUCCAUUCAGGAGGAGACAGUUGCAGAACUAAGAACUGUUGAGAGUGAAGCUGCAUCUUAUCUGGACCAGAUAUCUAGAUAUUAUAUUACAAGAGCCAAAUUGGUUUCUAAAAUAGCUAAAUAUCCCCAUGUGGAGGACUAUCGCCGCACCGUGACAGAGAUUGAUGAGAAAGAAUAUAUCAGCCUUCGGCUCAUCAUAUCAGAGCUAAGGAAUCAAUAUGUCACUCUACAUGACAUGAUCCUGAAAAAUAUCGAGAAGAUCAAACGGCCCCGGAGCAGCAAUGCAGAGACACUGUACUGAGGCCAGGGCCAGGGCCAGGGGACUCUGUGAGUCUGGCUCAAGACCGACAUUGCCUUGGUUUGUUACAUGACUAUCGUGAUGGGGAAACUGGCUGGAAGUAGUAAUCACCCCUCUCUCUGUUUUUAGUUAGAGCCUAAUGAAACUCUCAUGUAGUUCUGUGACGUGUUUACCUCUUUUUUCAGGCCUCAGGAACUCUUCUAUUUCCUUCCCUAGUACCCCACGCCCCCCUGUCCUAAUUUCUGGAGACCUCCAGGUUUCUGUACGCAGGAUAUUGGCACAAGAAUACUUGUGUUUUUUCUCCCUGGCUUC